CUCAACUCAGCGUUUUUAUUUUCGUUUUUCUAUUUUUUGCACCCCCUUCCCUCCCCUGCCCCACGCGCAAGCCAACAAAGGCAAUACCGUUCAUGACCUCACUACCAUUAUCUCGAUAGAGAGAUUGACUUCUCUAGGGGUUCUUCCUAUAUUUUUUCUCUCUUCAUUUUCCCUUUCCAGUACUCUAUUUAUUUAUUUCCUUUUAGUUCUACUUUCUUUGGAGGGAGGAUACCGGCUCUUGGUUUGCUACCAUGAAGCUUAACCGUCUAGUCACCCUCGGAGGAGCUGUGUCUCUGCUAGCUGGAAACGUCGCAGCAGCGGCAGCGGGUGCAGCAUCGCUUCCCAAAGCGCAAGGGGACUUGGAAUCGUCGAUAAUUUUGCAAAAUCAACAAACCCCCCAAGAACGAUUACCGAACAAUCGACUCAACGCAAAACCCCCCGAAGAUGGUACCACCACCACCACCGGUGGCGAUAAUGGUGAUGCUAAUGAGCCAUCGAAACAAGCCGCGGCAGCGCUGGUAAACGAGGCACUUGCGAUCCUACGAACCCUUGAUCCGAACCCCUCGCGGUCCACACAUACUGCACGGGAAGGUGGAGGGGGAAGAGGGCAGGCGGAGGGGGAAGGAACGGAUGGUUUGUUGGGAUCACUCGCGGGUUAUGUUAAACGGGCGGCUAAGGUUUUGUUAUUGUAUACUCCUUCGACGCUGGAGGAGCCGAUGGACGGCGGGAGGAAGGUCGCAGUUUUGGGGAGGAAGCUGGCCGCAGCGGUGGAGAAGCUUGAGACUGCUGGGAGGGUGUUGAGAAGUCCUGAUGCGAUUUAUUUGCUAGCGCAGAUGAAUUUUUAUGGGAAUUGGUCGUAUCCGAGGAAUUACCCUGUGGCAUUUGAAAAGUACAAGCAGCUGGCGGACCUUACUGGGAAUUCGACGGCGCAGAGUAUGGUUGGAUUCAUGUACGCUACGGGUGUCGGGGGUGCGGUGGAGAGGGAUCAGUCAAAGGCCUUACUGUAUCAUACAUUUGCGGCUCUCAACGGCGAGACUCGAUCCGAGAUGACCGCUGCGUUCCGCCAUCAUACCGGAAUCGGCACCCCUCGUCGAUGCGAAGAGGCCGCUUUCUACUACAAGCGGGUUGCCGACAAAGCGAUGGACUAUUGGCGCUCCGGCCCACCCGGAGGUCAUGCGUUAAUCAGGCAUAGCUAUAGGCUCGCAGAUGACGAGGGCGGUGUAUACGGGGAGGGUGCUUCGGUGGUGUCGUCCGGGAUGAAUGCUAUGCGACGUGGAACCACGACCGACUCUGCCAAGGAUUUGGAUGACAUCCUGGAAUACUUGGACCUUAUGGCCCGCAAGGGGGAUCUAUCCGCCACUUUUAGUCUUGCGAAACUUUAUUAUGAUGGAUCUAGGAAUCUCCCCAGGGACCUUAGAAAGGCCAAGACCUAUUUUACGAAUGUUGCCAGGCAAUAUUGGUCUAGGGAAGGGAAGAUUAUCUCUGGGGGACCUCCGGGCUUGGAGAAGCUUGCCGGCAGGGCUGCAGGAUAUCUUGGGAAAAUGCAUUUGAGGGGCGAGGGGGUUGCCAAGAACUACGCCCAAGCGGUAAAGUGGUUUGAACUUGGAAUUGAGAAUGGGGAUGCAAGUUCGCAAAACGGCCUCGGAUUCAUGUACCUCCAUGGGUAUGGUGUCAAAGUGGAUCGUUUGAAGGCGGCUGAAUUCUUCCAGACUGCCACCGAACAGGAUCUGCCUCAGGGCCAGAUUAAUUUGGGCAAGAUCUUCCUGGAGCAGAAUGACAUCGACACUGCCAAGCGCUUCUUCGAACUUGCAGCACGUCAUGGAACUCUCGAGGCUUACUACUUCCUUGCCGAGAUUUACAACUCUGGACUCGGGAAAGAGCGUUCCUGCACGCUGGCGACGGCCUACUACAAGAUUGUUACGGAGAGGGUCGAACCACUUCAUAGCCCGUUAGCCUGGGCCAAUAAGGCGUAUGCCGGCGGGGAUAAGGAGAGUGCUAUAAUCGGGUACAUGAUGGCUGCUGAGCAGGGUUACGAAGCCGGACAGGCAAACGUCGCAUUCCUACUUGACCAGGAAAAGUCGAAGCUGGACCUGAAGUCCCUUCUCAACCCCAAGCCCAAAGACCCAAGGAAUCAAGAAUUGGCUCUCAUAUACUGGACCCGAUCCGCCAAGCAAUCCAAUACCGAUUCCCUGGUCAAGAUGGGAGACUACUACCUUAGCGGUGUCGGCACGGAGCAGGAUGCAACGAAGGCUGCAAGUUGUUACACCGCCGCCAGUGAACUCCAAGCUUCGGCACAAGCGCUCUGGAAUCUCGGCUGGAUGCACGAGAACGGUAUAGGCGUGGAGCAAGACUUUCAUCUUGCAAAGCGCUACUACGAUCUUGCUCUCGAGACAAACAGCGAAGCAUAUCUCCCCGUAACUCUAAGUCUCUUCAAACUCCGCCUGCGCAGUUUCUGGAACACUAUCACCGGCGGCAAUAUAAAUGCCAUUGGCGCCGACCCGGACCCAAAACCAAAAAAAUCCCUCACCCUCCGAGAAUUCUUCAAGCAAUGGUACGAAGCGGCGCCAGACGAAUACGCAGAUCCAGACGACAUUUACGCCGCGACAACGCCGGAUGGGGACAUUCCUGGCGACGAGUACUACGACACGGAAUAUGAGGGGGAUCUAGUCGAGAGUGUGAUUAUACUCGCUCUUACGGCGGCCGUGGCAAUAUUGGUGUAUUAUCGCCAGCAGCGCCAGCAGCAGAUUGCUAGGAGGCAGCAACAACAGGGGCAACAGGGACAGGGGCAAGGCGGAGGAGAGGGAGUGGGUGAGGGAGUGGGGGGUGACGGUGGUGGGGUGCAGGGUAUGGGAGGAGAAGGAUUUGGACAGUGGGGUGUGCCACAUUAGGGACGUUGUUGGGUAGGUGUACGAUAGGAAAUUUAAGGGUCCAGUCUUUGCUUUUCAUUUUGGUUUUGUGGUUGCGACAUGAGCGAGAGGGGGCGGGGGUCAGGCCUGGAGACAUCAGGUCAAGUCGGCGUGACACGAUGUACUGUAUAAAUGUGUUAGCCCUUGUCAAGUCUAAUUGGAUUCUUCCAUUUCAUUCCUA